AUGACUGAUAGCGAAGGUGGCGGAGAACUCGUCGACAAAGUGGUUGUGAAGUCGAACAGUGAUGAUUAUCCGGUGCCGAUCAGCCAGCCAAGUAGUGGCCGAAAAGACUGGACAGCACGGGCUAGUCAGAUUCGCGACGCCAAUGUGGCGACGGCCAGUCGCUUGAUUGAAGAAGGGAUGCGCGCCGACGAAGGGUGCGUAGAUUCUUUUCCCGCUGAAGCAUUGGUAACAAAAGCCCAGGCUAUGCUCCCCAAAUUCAACGGUGACUUUAAAAAAGGUAAAUCUUGGCGUCUUAAAAAUUCGUGUGCCCCUCUCGAAGUGUCUUGCUACUGA